UCCCCUCAGCAGCACGCAAUUUCCCGCCGCAAUGGAACCGGCAAACGAGCAGACACAAUUGUACAAUAAAACUUAUUUUGAUGCUUUGCACAAGAACCAGGAGGAGACGGCACGAUGGACGGCGUACAAGCAAGAACAUGUGGAUCUGAAAGCGAACCUACGCAUGUAUCAGAAAGCCCCACGGGCCGAUAUAAUGAUUCCGAUCGGUUCGAAAGCGUUGCUUCCAGGGCAGCUGUACCACACGGGUGAGGUGAUGGUUAGCCACGGAUGUGGUUACUUUUCCGAGUGUUCCGCCGAGCAGGCUCAAUCGAUCGCCGAUCGUCGUAUCCGGCUGGCGGACGAGCUGCUGGCGAAGUACGAACGCGAGCGCGAGAUGUACAGCGAUAAGCUGGAAGUGCCGCUUACGAGUGAAGCAUUUGCUGGCGCUGAAGGAGGCCGUGAAAUCAUUGAAGAGUACGACGAGGAAACGGAAAAGCGAUGGCGCGAGGAGCACCGCCGCCGGGUGCGCGAAAGCAAGCAAAGGGAAGCGAAAGAGCGAGCGGCGAAAAGGGACGCCGCGGAGGAGACCAGUGAUAAGGAGCUGUUUGCAAAGCUGGAAGAAAUGGAGCUGCUGGAAGAGUUGGAACAGGAAAUGGACCAGCUUGAUCUUCCGGCCGGUGAAGACGGUGAUGAUGAUGAUCAGCUCGGACGCUUGAUGCGGGGAGAAAUCCGAUUGAACGAACGUAAGCGAACUGCUCAUAACCCAACGGAGGGUUUAAAGGAACGCAAAUCUGUUGUAGACUUUCAGAAGCUGGAAGCUGGAACUGAACCGGUCCGCAAUGACCAACAACAACAACCGAAAGAGAAUGAUACCCCAACCCCGGUGGAAGAAGAGGUCGUUGAAGUUGAGGAGGAAAUCGAAACGACGGAUGAUGAGGAGGGCAGUGAAGAGCGAGGGGACGACGAAGAGGAAGACGAUAUUUCGGCCGAAUUUGCGCAGCUCCUGCUCGAAACAAAGAACUACUCCCAGAAGGAAAAGCUCAAAGUCUUCAAAGCGAAGCUGAACGACGUCCGGCAGCGACUGUACCAAAAUUCCAUCGAUCUGGUGCAGAAGGUGGACCUGUAUCAGCUGCACGACGAACUGGAGGAAGCGUUAGACUUUUUGCUUUCCACGGACGAGCCAGAGAGGGAGGAGCGUAAAGCGGAGACACCGUCGGAGCCAGUGAAAAAGAGUAGCAAAGAAAAGGGACGAAAGAUCCAAUUUGCUGAGCAGGAUCAGAUUAAGCUGAUAGACAAUCGGCACCAGGAGAAACAAGCAAAUGAGCAGGAGAUGUUGCACAAUAAUUCGAAAAAUACACUCUUCCUUCCGAUUGUACACUCUGCCGCGUGUUACGAAUCGCCCACGACGGAUGAGAUUGUAUCGCCGGCCGAUAUCUAUCGAUCGUUUCUGGCGGAAUCCAUCAAGCAAUCGCCAACGGAGGAGUUGAAGUCGAUCCUAAAGAACCCUAAAACGACGUUCCAUCAUAAUGCUCCUCCUCCGGAGCGUUUGAGUGUCGCCAAACAGCCCGCUCGUCGGCUAGGUAACGAAUCCAAGGAGCCAGUGGCAGCGCUGAAAGAUGUGGUUGGGGAAAUCGUCGAGCAUCACACGGUCGUUGGUCGGAUGGACGAAUUUGAUGUACAGCAAGCGGCGGUUCAGCAGCGGCAGCAGGAACAGCAACCGAAGAAGAAAGUGUCCCGGUUCAAGCAAACGCGCAAGUGAAAUAAACUGAUCACAUUUACGUGUCAUCUUAAA